AUUUACGAUGGUCCCCACGACGCUACCCAGAUUGGCACCUGUUGGCGGAAGUGUCCGAGUCACCUCAUUAGGUCGGGGGACAGGAAGACCCCUCACGCCCAACCUCCGGGCUAUCCAAGGUGUUCCCGUCCAGCCGUCAGGCAGGGGCUGUGCCCAUACCUGGGCUCCUACCUGCAGUCCUUCCCCACCCCUGCCUCGCGCCACCCGCCCCCCCCUCGUGUCACUCGUGUGUGUAGACACACACACUCGUGACUGGCACCAAGCUGCCACCAAGCCAGACUCUGCCCCGGCCUCCCGGUGCCACCUUGAAGACAUCUCUGCCUGGCCUCACCUUCCCCAGGUUGCCUUCUCUGACUCUGGGGCCCAACCUGAGACAUGUCCGGUGCCUCUGUGCCCCCAGUAGCGCUCACCGUCCAGUUGGCUGUCUGUGGCCUCUAUGUAACUGGUUCUCAUCUCCUUCUGCACCUGCCCCACCCCCUCUGUGUCUCUCCCUGUGACCCCCCUAUGAUACCCACCUCCACCCCCCAACCCCAGUCCUGCUGAUGGCCUGCCAGCCUUGUCGAGGAGCUGGGCGUAUCUGGUGUUGCAGAUCACACAAGAGCGAGCCUCGCAGCUGGUCCCUGCUGGAGCAGCUGGGCCUGGCAGGGGCGGACCUGGCAGCCCCUGGGGUGCAGCAGCAGCUGGAGCUGGAGCGGGAGCGGCUGCGGCGGGAGAUCCGCAAAGAGCUGAAGCUGAAGGAGGGGGCCGAGAACCUGCGACGAGCCACCACUGACCUGGGCCGCAGCCUGGGCCCUGUGGAGCUGCUGCUGCGGGGCUCCUCGCGCCGCCUGGACCUGCUGCACCAGCAGCUGCAGGAGCUGCAUGCCCAUGUGGUGCUGCCCGACCCUGCAGCUGCUGCCCGAGAUGACCCCCAGUCUCCAGGUGUGGGCAGCCCAGCCUGCUUGGCCACCAACCUGAGCCUGGUGGCUGGCCUGGAGAAGCAGCUGGCCAUUGAGCUGAAGGUGAAGCAGGGCGCAGAGAACAUGAUCCAGACGUACAGCCACGGCAGCACCAAGGACCGGAAGCUGCUGCUGACGGCCCAGCAGAUGCUGCAGGACAGUAAGACCAAGAUCGACAUCAUCCGCAUGCAGCUCCGUCGGGCACUGCAGGCUGGCCAGCUGGAGAGCCAGGCAGCCCCAGACGAGGCCCAAGGGGGUCCGGACCUGGGGGCUGUAGAGCUGCGCAUCGAGGAGCUGCGACACCACUUCCGGGUCGAGCACGCAGUGGCAGAGGGCGCCAAGAAUGUGCUGCGGCUUCUCAGCGCGGCCAAGGCCCCAGACCGCAAGGCGGUCAGUGAGGCUCAGGAGAAGCUCACCGAAUCCAACCAGAAGCUCGGGCUGCUGCGGGAGGCGCUGGAGCGGCGCCUCGGGGAGCUGCCCGCCGACCACCCCAAGGGCAGGCUACUGCGGGAGGAACUCGCCGCAGCUUCGUCCGCCGCCUUCAGCGUCCGCCUGGCGGGGCCCUUCCCUGCCACGCACUACAGCACCCUGUGCAAGCCCGCCCCGCUCACAGGAACUCUGGAGGUGCGUGUGGUAGGCUGCAGAGACCUCCCAGACACCAUCCCCUGGAACCCCUCACCUUCGGCGGGGGCACCCGGAGCCUCCGACAGCCGCCCCCCCUUCCUGAGCCGCCCAGCCCGGGGGCUUUAUAGCCGGAGCGGAAGCCUCAGUGGCCGGAGCAGCCUCAAAGCAGAAGCGGACAGCGCAGGUGAGGUCAGCACUGUGCUCAAGCUUGAUAACGCAGUGGUGGGGCAAACGUCCUGGAAGCCGUGUGGCCCCAAUGCCUGGGACCAGAGCUUCACCCUGGAGCUGGAGAGGGCACGGGAACUGGAGCUGGCUGUAUUCUGGCGGGACCAGCGGGGCCUGUGUGCCCUCAAAUUCCUGAAGCUGGAGGAUUUCUUGGACAACGAGCGACACGAAGUGCAGCUGGACAUGGAACCUCAGGGCUGCCUGGUGGCCGAGGUCACCUUCCGGAACCCCGUCAUUGAGAGGAUCCCUCGGCUUCGAAGGCAAAAGAAGAUUUUCUCCAAACAGCAGGGGAAGGCAUUCCAGCGUGCCAGGCAGAUGAACAUCGACGUCGCCACGUGGGUACGGCUGCUUCGCCGGUUCAUCCCCAAUGCCACAGCCACAAGCACCUUCAGCCCUGUGGCUUCUCCAGGACCCGAGCCCCGAGCCACAGGCAGUGACAUCCCUAUAGAAAAGCUGAACCUCGGGAUCACCUCGGACAGCUCGCCCCAGAAGAGCCCAUUGGAGACUCCUGCCAGCCCGUCGAGUGUGAGUUCCAGGAUCCAGGAGUCCUCCUCUGAGCUGCCUUCGGAGACCCAGGAGACCCCAGGCCCCGCCCUGUGCAGCCCUCUGAGGAAGUCGCCCUUGACCCUCGAGGAUUUUAAGUUCCUGGCGGUGCUGGGCCGGGGUCACUUUGGGAAGGUGCUGCUCUCCGAAUUCCGGGCCAGCGGGGAGUUGUUCGCCAUCAAGGCUUUGAAGAAAGGGGACAUUGUGGCCCGAGAUGAGGUGGAGAGCCUAAUGUGUGAGAAGCGGAUCCUGGCAGCCGUGACCAGCGCAGGGCACCCCUUCCUGGUGAACCUCUUCGGCUGUUUCCAGACGCCAGAACAUGUGUGCUUUGUGAUGGAGUACUCCGCCGGCGGCGACCUCAUGCUGCACAUCCAUAGCGAUGUCUUCUCAGAGCCCAGGGCCAUCUUUUAUUCAGCCUGCGUGGUGCUGGGUCUGCAGUUCCUUCACGAACACAAGAUCGUCUACAGGGACCUGAAGUUGGACAAUUUGCUCCUGGACACCGAGGGCUAUGUCAAGAUUGCAGACUUCGGGCUCUGCAAGGAGGGGAUGGGCUAUGGGGAUCGGACCAGCACCUUCUGUGGGACCCCGGAGUUCCUGGCGCCCGAGGUCCUGACGGACACGUCGUACACACGCGCCGUGGACUGGUGGGGACUGGGCGUGCUGCUCUACGAGAUGCUAGUUGGGGAGUCCCCAUUCCCAGGGGACGAUGAGGAGGAGGUCUUUGAUAGCAUCGUCAAUGAUGAGGUGCGCUACCCCCGCUUCCUGUCUGCCGAAGCCAUAGGCAUCAUGCGAAGGCUGCUGCGGCGGAAUCCAGAGCGGAGGUUGGGGUCCAGCGAGAGGGACGCAGAGGAUGUGAAAAAACAGCCCUUCUUCAGGACCCUGGGAUGGGACGCUCUGCUGGCCCGGCGCCUACCGCCGCCUUUCUUGCCCACGCUGUCGGGCCGUACCGACGUCAGCAACUUCGACGAGGAGUUCACGGGGGAGGCCCCCACGCUGAGCCCGCCCCGCGACGCGCGGCCCCUCACUGCCUCAGAGCAGGCAGCCUUCCGGGACUUCGACUUUGUGGCUGGGGCUGCGAAGUCCUCCCCGCCCCUCCCCAACCGAGCUCUUAGUAGUUUUUAAAAAGGCCUUUGGGGUUUACCCCAUCUA